AUGAUUUUUAUUUUUACUAUCAGAGCAAAUCAAAUAGAUCAAAUAUUAGAUUUGAAUAAAAUUGAUAAUUCAUAUGAUAAUAAUAAUCCAAAUAAUAUUGAUUUAUACUGUUAUUCUGAUUUAUUAAAUAGCAGUGAAAUGGAUGAUACUCCCAGUGAUGAAAAAUUGAUACCUAUCAUUUCAAAUGAGAAUAACAAUUCAUCUAUAAUUUUUUAUGGUUAUGAAAAUCCAGUUGUCACCCAACCCCUAAAAGAAAUAAUAACUGAAGAAACUGAACCCUGCAAUACAAUAGAAACAAAUAAUAAUGGUGUUAUUAGUCUUUUUUGUUCUGAUAAUGAAAAUUAUGAAUUAGUUGAAAAUUCCAAUACUAAAUAA